AUGGCUCGCCGUAUGAAUUUAUUAAAUAUCGAAAAAAACAUUCAGAACUUAUGGAAAGAACAUAAUAUAUAUGAAAAAGAAAUUGGAGAUAUUAAUGAAACAAGGUUUACUGGCAAUUUCCCAUACCCAUAUAUGAAUGGGUUAUUACAUAUUGGUCAUGCUUUCACAUUAAGCAAAUUAGAAUUUUCAAUUCGAUUUAAAAAUAUGACAUGUGAUCAUGUAUUGUUGCCCUUUUCAUUUCAUUGUACUGGUACACCCAUAGUCGUAUGUGCUGAUAAACUAAAAAAUGAAUUAAAAAAUAGAGUACUAAAUGAUAAAGCGGAAGAAAAACAUGAAUGCCAAGUUAAGGAAAAUGCAUUAGAGGAGAAAACUGAAGAAAAUUUUGAAAAAAAUGUUGAUGCCACUGUUUUUAGAUCAAACAAAAGUAAAGCACAAUCAAAGGGAGGAACACAACAUACACAAUAUGACAUUAUGAAGCAAAUGAACAUUAGUGAUGAUAAAAUUCAUUUGUUUCAAGAUCCAGAAUAUUGGUGUUAUUAUUUUUCUUCACAAGCUAAAACUCAUUUAGAGACCUUUGGUUUAUAUUGUGAUUGGCGUCGUUCUUUUAUUACAACAAAUAUAAAUCCAUAUUACAAUAAGUUUGUAAAUUGGCAAUUUAAUAGUUUAUAUAAAAAAAAUUUAAUAUAUUAUGGAAGUAGAAUUACAAUUUUUAGCAGAGUAAAUAAUCAGGCAUGUGCUGAUCAUGAAAGAUCAGAAGGAGAGGGUGUAAAAUGUCAAGAAUAUACAUUAAUAAAAAUUUAUUUAGAUAAUUAUAAUGAAUUUUUCAAAAUAUUUAUAGAAAGUGUUUUAAAUAGUAAUACAGAAAAAUCCUCUACUUCAAACUCUGUUAAGUAUACUCCAUUUAAUGAAAACGAAGAAGAUUUAAAAAAUAAAAUAUGGACCGAAGAAUUUUUAAAAAAAAAAAACAUAAUAUUUUUAGCAAGUACUUUAAAACCUGAAACAAUUUAUGGACAAAAUUAUGCAUUUGUUAAUCCAGAUGAUUAUUAUUGUGUUGUAUUUGGGUUCGAUAAACAGAUGCUUAAUUAUGGUGAUAAAAAUUAUGUUAAUAAUAUAAUGACAAAAAAUGAAAUAAUUGAAAAAUGUGAAAAUAUAUAUAUAUGUUCAGAGAAUAGUUUAUAUAACUUGGCUUAUCAAGGAAUAAUACCAAUGUUAAAAAAAAAAGAAAAAAAAGAAAAAAAUAUUGAAAAUAAUAAUAAAGGGGAAUCAAAAAAUAUGUAUUUAAAUAAUGUUGAAGAUGAUAUAUUUAUUUUGGCAAAAAUAAAAGGAGAAAAAUUUGUUGGAUUAAAAGUAUAUACAAAUAUAUCAAAAAUAAAAGAUAUGUACAUUUUACCAAUGACUACAAUUAAAAUGAAUACUGCUACGGGUGUAGUGCCUUGUGUAUCUAGUGAUAGUACAGAUGAUUAUGCCUGUUUAGAAGAUAUAAAAAGGAAAAAAAAAUAUUAUUGUGAAAAAUAUAAUCUAUUAAAGGAGGAAUAUCUAAAUAAUGAAAGUGUAUCAUGUAUUGAAAUACCAGGUAUUGGUACACAUACUGGUAAACAUUUUUAUGAGUCUGAAAAAAUUACAUCUUAUAAAGAUGUAAAAUUACAAAAAUUAAAAGGAAUGUUAUAUAAAAGGCAGUACUUUGAAGGUAUAAUGAAAGUAGAACCAUAUUGUGACAUGAAAACAUUUAAUUGUCGAAAAUUAGUUAAACAAAAUAUUAUUAAAAAUAAUGAUGGCCUUUUAUAUAGUGAACCUGAAGUGUUAGUUAUUGAUCGAAAUAAUGUUAAGUGUAUUGCUGCUUUAUGUAAUCAAUGGUAUAUUAAUUAUGGAAAUUUAGAUUUUAAGAAAGAUGUACUUAUACAAUUAAAAAAAAAUAACUUUCAAACAUAUAACGAUGUUUUAUAUAAACAAUUACAACAUGUUAUAUUUUGGUUAGACGAUUGGUCAUGUAGUCGAGCUUAUGGGUUAGGUACACAUAUGCCAGAUUUUAAAGAAGGAAAUAAAUCAGAAAAUGGAAAAGGAGAAGAAGAUGAUGGUAGUGUAAAAAAAACAGAACUUAUAGAAAGUUUAUCUGAUUCAACUAUAUAUAUGGCAUAUUACACAAUAAGUCAUUAUUUACAAGGUAAUGUUGAUGGAAAAGAAAAAGGAACUCUUGAUAUAGAUCACAAAGAUUUAAAUGAUGCAUUUUUUGACUAUGUAUUUGAUAUUUCUAAUAAUACAACUAAUAUAAGUAAAAAUAUAUCAAUUGAAAAAUUAAAUACAAUGAGAAAGUCAUUUAAAUAUUGGUAUCCAUUUGAUAUUCGAAUAUCUGGAAAAGAUUUAAUUUUCAAUCAUCUAACAAUGUCACUAUUUAAUCAUGUUGCAAUAUGGGGUCAAAAAAUUUAUAAAAAAAAUAAAGAUUGUUUAGAAGAAAAAAGUGCAUUAGAUAGACAAACAGAAAUAUUAAAUGAAGUUGAUAAUCUUGAUUUGAACGAAUGUGAAAGUAUUAAAUAUUUUCCAAAGUCCUUUUUUUGUAAUGGGCAUGUAUUAGUAAAUAAAGAAAAGAUGUCAAAAAGUAAAGGAAAUUUUAUAACUAUAGAAAAUAGUAUAAGUCAGUACACUAGUGAUGGUACUCGAAUUGCAUUAGCAGAUGCAGGAGAUUCAAUAGAAGAUGCAAAUUUUAAUACAGAUACUGCAAAUAGUGCUAUUAUGAAAUUAUAUAACUUAAUAAAUUUUUCUAUAGAAACUAAAAAUAAUGUAUACAUAUUUAGAUGUGGAGAAAAAACAUUUAAUGAUCUUAUAUUUGAAAAUGAAAUAAAUUAUUUAACAAAUAAAUGUAAAGAAGCAUAUGAAAAAUUAUUAUUUAGAGAUGUAUUGAAAUAUGGAUUUUAUGAUAUGCUAUUAAAAAGAGAUACAUACAGAAUGAUGUGUGAUAAAGUACAUAUGCAUAAAGAAACUGUAAAUUUUUUUAUCGAAAGAAUGUGUAUUAUAAUUAAUCCAAUAAUACCACAUGUUACUGAACAUAUAUGGACUUAUAUUUUAAAAAAAGAUAAAUUUUUAAUAAAACAAAAAUGGCCAAAUUCAGAAGAUACUAACUUUUCUAUUGUUAUGCAUAAACAAUAUAAUAACCUUUUAAAUGUUAUGGAAAAUUUUCGAAAAUCAUAUGAUAAAGUUAUAAAUAAAAAUAAUAAAAAUAAAUCACCAACUAAGAAUCAAGCAAAUAAUCAAACUACUAGCCAAACGAAUGCUGGCAUAUCAGGAGGUAGUGGGCCAGAAGAUGAAGAUGAAAAACAUAAAUUUAAAGCUAUUGUUUAUGUUGCUAGAGAAUAUAAUGAUACACAAAAAAAAAUUAUUGAUAUAUUAAAUAAUAUAAUUAAAAAUAGUGAGGAUAAAAAGUUACCAUCAAAUUUUAUAAAUCUAUUAGUACAAAAUAAUUAUGUUAAUAAUUUACCUAAAAAUGAAAAAAAAGAUAUUUUAAGUUUUGCUACAUUCCUUGUCAAAGAUAAUGUUACACUAAAUAAUAAUCAAUAUGAACUUACCUUACCAUAUGAUGAAAUUCAACUAAUAAAAAAUAAUAUUGAUUUUAUAAAACGAAGUUUAAAUUUGAGAGAUAUUCAAAUAUUAGAGAAUGCUAAAAAAUGUGACAUAGACAAUACUGAUAUAUAUAAAUUAUCUAACCCUGGUAAUCCAUCAAUUUUUAUAUAUAAUACAAAGGAGUAG